CGUUCGCUCAGGUUUUUCUACUUGGUCAUUCUCUACCGCGCUACGAACCCACUCUAUGUCUGUACAGUAAAGUUGUUUAUAUACAUAUCUGUCAAUCCCCACCUACAGACCAAACGCUAUCUGUACUCGCUCCUUGCACAUACGUUGCUCCUACGCAUCGACCUUGAACCAUUACGAUGUUUGAAAACAUGGAUAUGAUUGCCGGCGGUGUUGCGCGCCGUUGUUCACUGCCGGCCCUUCGCUCCAUCCACUCUCAGGAGCGAAGCAACAUGGAGAGGCCUGAUGAGCGCCGACUUCCUCCUCUCCCAAGGGUUGAGCCUCUGCCCCCAGGCCCAUUUAACCCGUUCACGCCGAACAUCCUUGCGCCUAGCCCGGCAAGUUCCCAGGACUCAUUUCCUCUGAAGUCCCCAUGGCUGUCUUCAGACUACGCCGUGUCGCCUCCUUCUCCGGCGAGCUCUACUGAGGGCUCCCUGCGCGAGACCUUUUCGACUCAGAAGGCCUUUGGCUGGCCUAACGAUCUAUCCUAUGCUGAGAUUAUGGCACUGGUUGCGCCGAGGAACAUCAAUCGCAAACCGCCUCUCCAGCAGCUCUGCGGACGCAAACGCAAGGGCAGCGAGAUGUCGGGCGAUCUGGAUGAUCAGAGGGAGAAGCACCGGAUUGCCGAAGGAAACCGCCGCAAGAACCUGAGCCAGCUCCACCGGGAGCUGGAUAACCGCGUCCACGACUUUUUUCUUGAACGGGCCGGCUGGAAUCCUUCGAAGAGCCUGCCUCAGUCCAAGGAGCACAUCGUUCAAGGGGCCAUUCACCUCAUUGACUUCAUGCUGGUCAUCAUCGUCCACUUGCUGAAGCAGGACAAGAACAAGGUCCCUCCGCAGCUCUCGGAGAACCUGCAGGCUAACAUUCGUGCCAUGCAUCUGCAACAGCAGGUGAGCAGCCUGCAGCAGCAGAACGAGUCGACUCAGCAGCAGCUGAGGACGGUCAAGCAUGAAAACGAGACUCUCGCGGAGAGAAACCGGGCUCUCGAGUUCCAGCUCAAGUCGUACGAGCAGAUGUUCCGCCUCCCGAAGACCGAGGCCACCAGCCCCAGGCCUCUGGAGGCCAUCCCGGCAAAUGAGGAGAAGAAGAUGCUUCCGGGCCUGAGGGUCUUCUGCGACGAGGUGGCCGCGAUCAGUCCGGAGGCCGGGGCCAACACUGAACCUCCCCACACUGGUUCGUCCCAGGUCUUCGGACAGUCGUUCUCGUUCAGUUUUAGAAGCACCCCGCCUGCUACCAGUCCCUCGUCGCCCGUGUGCCAGAGCUCCUCUCGUGCUUCGCCUCUGUCUGGGCGGGGGUCCUUCUCUACAUGAACGAAUUAGGGGAUGACAGAAUUGACGAGCUUACGAUACAUAUCAGGAAGAACGUGGCACGAUGGCACGGCAGGACCGGGAGUCAUGGGAGUAUUUGGGAUAUGGAAAGACUUUUUGGGACCUCGACGGAAACCUCUGCGUCGGGUCAGGGAUUACCUGUAACAUUAUACCACUGGGAAUUGUUUUUUGUUUAUGUGUUGUCUUUAUUCGGAUUCU